AUGUGCUUAUGGGAUCGUCCAGGCCAAUGCUUGCCUCAAGAGCUUCCGCCUCUACUAUUCCGUUGGUGGAACAGGAACUCUCAUGGCCUAAACACUCGGUCAUUGUUGAUGGCUGCAGCAUUCGCCAAAGCAGAGUCACCAGCGGAGCGCGUCAUGCUAGAAAGCAUUGGACGUGAGGAUUUCCUGCUUGCCUUCAAGAACCAUGUCACACGAGUGCAUGUCGACACCCCAUUUAUUUCCACAUUCAAAUCUCCGUUAGCACCAAUACACAGAGCCAUUCGACACCAAGAGGGCGCGGUAAUCUCUGUGAUUGACCCGUCAAAGCUAGAAACAGGUUUGUUCAAAGCCUUCCCUCUGGUUGAGAUGACAGGAACCGCACUCAGGAAAUGGAAAGGAUUCGGCGAGUACGAAGUAUGGGAGAAGAUCGAGGGACCUGCAAUUGUGUGUACAUUUAAUAUCCUCACGCUGGCUCGUAUCGUUCAAGACAAUCCGGUCAUCAAAGAAUUCGUGCAACUCCAGAUAAUUCACAGUUAUCGUCGAUGCAGCAAUGCCCUACAUGCCCGGCUCAAAAGCACUCUCAGGUCUCACCACAACCACGACAUGGCAUUGUCACAGCUCAUGGAGCUACUUGAGGUUCCUAAACAGUACCGGGCUGAAAUGUGCAAAUCAUUCAAGGAAUCAUGGCUCGAGAAUGACGUGAUGGACCAGACAGAGAGAGAACUAUCUCGAAGUCCAUCUCCACGGAACGACGUUUACGUUCACCCGGUGGAUAUACCGGUGCUCCCAUACCCCCUUCCACUCACCCCUCUACCGAGAUACCGGAGUUCUCACUCGGAAAAGUCCUACAAACCCCCGAGAUACGACGAGGAUACGGAAGGGGAGUCAAGUGAAGAAGAGGAGGGCUCCCAGUCUCCUACGGCGCGAUGCCCUCGACAAGACACACCAAGCGAUGGGUUUUCAGUUCAGGACGAAAGUGACAGUGACGACGACGAUGCUUACCGGAGAUUCAAUGCGAGGCAAUUCAGAGCUCAUCCACCCAUCCCAAUUAAUUUUGCGAGACGGGAGGAGAUCGAAGAAACACCCGAACUGUCGGAUAUGGAAACGGUCAAUGAGUGGCAGUCGGAAGGAGAACAAGUCAAUGAAUGGCCAUCGGAAGGAGAACACUACCAAGUUUAA